CAUGACGUCCAGUGAGAGGAGUGAGGGACGACGCAAAUGACGGAAAAGGAGAAGAAGGAUUCAAUGAUAUGGAGACAAACACAGGACGUACUCUGAACCUGUAGAGAAGAGAUAGAGGUAAAUCAAUACAAAAAUAGAAGGGGAUAUGUGGAGAUACAGAAAUGCAGGGUUCUGAAUCCAUUGGACGGGAAUUUAGUUGCCGUGUUUUGCGCUGUGCCGGUAGAGCCUGUGGAACAUGCAGCACGAGCCUCUGUCACUCACACUGCUGCAGUGGAGGAGUACACGCAGAGCCCAGCACUGAUACAGAGCCACAGAACAGUACAACAGACUGGUCCUCCUGCAUCUCAUCCUCUCCUCAUCACCCCAUUCCUAUCACCCUAUUCCUCUGAGGGCUUGGAUAAAAAAAAGAAACAGGAAGGAAGGAAGGAAGGAAGGAAGAGAGGGAUUUUGUUUUUUUCUUCUGCCCACCAGAACAGACUCUUUCUCAGAUCUGUGUGUCUCUGAAUGACUGUGCUGUGUUUUCCUGUCAUCGAGUGAAGAAGCAACAUAUGUGCUCCGAUGUCUCCAGAACAUAGGCACGCUGCAAGACCAGCAGUAUUCCCCUUGGUCCCCGUCUCGACACUUCGAUGAAGGCAGACGCCACCCCGUCCCCCCAGCUAGGAACAUGAAGGGCUUAUCGGGCGGUCGCUCCCAGCACCAGAUCCUCUCGCCCCACGGGCUAGACCAGUUCGACUACCCCCAAGACAUCCAUGGCAUGGGUCACCAUGGUGGCGCCUCCGACUCACGCCACACCUCCUACCUGCUCAGCCCCACUGAGAGCUGCCCCAUGGACUACCAUCACCGCUACUCACCGCGCAGCUCCAUCCACUCAGACUGCAUGAUGAUGUCCCCCGUCAUGAUGGCGCCCUCGUCAGUCGGCGUUGGCCCCAUCGACCACGUUUCCAGCAGCACCUUCCCCAGAAUGCACUACAGCACCCAAUACUAUGACUCAGCCACGCGUGAUGACUGCGCCGCCAUCACUGCCUCCGCCACCUCCCAUGCUGCUGCCACUGCCGCUUCCGUCUUGCAGUACCAAGGCAGCGGCAAGAGCAACCGCAUCCCGGCCAAUCUGCUGGACCAGUUUGAGAAGCAGCUGCCGCUGCAUCACGAUGGCUUCCACACGCUGCAGUACCAGAGGGCGUCAACCACCACCACCACGGAGCAGCGCAGCGAGAGCCCCGGACGCAUCCGCCACCUGGUCCACUCUGUCCAGAAGCUCUUCACAAAGUCCCAUUCCCUGGAGGGAUCGUCCAAGAUGAACGGCACCAAGGGUGAAGGAGGAGGAGGGGGACACCACGGAGGCUCCCAACACGGCCACCAUGGAGGCUCCAAGCACGGCAGCAAGCGGAGCAAGAGCAAAGAGCGCAAGGCACACCGCUCGGGGGGCGCGGGUGGCUUCUGGAGCUCUGACGACAACCUGGACAGCGACAGCACCUACCGCACGCCCAGCGUCAUGAGCCGUCACCACGGUGACUACGCCCAUGCCGCCCACUGCUACCCGGACUCCAUGCAUCACAGUCACUUUGGGGACAUGUCCCUCAAGACCUCAAAGAGCAACAACGACGUCAAGUGCUCGGCAUGCGAGAGCAUGGCCACGGCUCCGGAGGGGAAGUUUAUGAAGAGAAGUUCCUGGUCUACGCUGACUGUCAGCCAGGCCAAGGAAGCUUACAGGAAGUCCUCCCUCAACCUGGAGAAACCCAUGAUGCACACAGACCUCAAGCCCUCACUACGGGCCUGUCACUAUCUGCAGGUGCCUCAGGAUGAGUGGAGUGGAUACCCGGAGGACGGAGACAAGGAUGAGGAGAUCCCAUGUCGGAGGAUGCGCAGCAGCAGCUACGUCAAAGCCAUGGGAGAGGUAGACAAUGACUCUGGUGGCGAAUCUGACGGCAGCCCCAAGUCCUCACCCCAGAAGGCCAUCCGACCCGACGCCCUCGUCCUCAAAUCAGUUAUGCAGAGGCCCCACAUAGACCCCCAAAGCCAGAGCUACCACUUGCAAACCACCCGAGACAUGAUGCGGCCCCAUCCCAGUGUCACCCUGGACCCAGCCUUCAAUUACCCCCAACACCAUGUACCCCUGGGGCCUCAGUUCCGCUCCCGGAACCAGAGCUACAUGCGGGCGGUCAGCACCCUCAGUCAGGCCAGCUGCGUCAGCCAGGUGAGUGAGACUGAGGUCAAUGGCCAGUUUGAGUCAGUUUGCGAGUCCGUUUUUAGCGAAGUAGAAUCCCAGGCCAUGGAGGCUUUGGACCUGCCUGGCUCGUUCCGCACUCGAAGCCACAGUUACCUGCGUGCAAUUCAGGCUGGGUAUUCCCAAGACGACGACUGCUUGCCUUCAAUGACAUCCUCCACUGUCACUUCAACUCUCAGAUCCACAACAGGGAUCCAGUUUCGUCUCCCAUCUUCCUGCAGUGUGGACCGAGCCGAUCCACCACCAGUGGUGACGCACAUGCCUAGCUAUAUGUCGAAGACUCCCCCGCCGGCACCACCUCGCUCCACCUCCAAGCCCCUCAUCUCAGUGACGGCUCAGAGCAGCACAGACUCCACUCAGGACGCCUACCACGAGGGGAGGGACCCGCGGGGGAGUGUACUGUGGGCACCGGACUGUCUGGGCGGCUCGGGUCGAACCCUCUACAACUCCACCGACAGCCUGGACAGCGCCAAUGUGGUGACGCUGGCCAUGGAGACGGCAGGGAGCAAGCGGCACGCCUCCUCGGGCAGCCACAGCUCGGUGCAGACGUGUGACAAGGCGGUGUUGGUGUCCAAGGCUGAGGAAUACCUCAAAACGCCACGUUCCUCCAUAGGGAUACAGGUGGAGACGGCGACGGACUCAGAGUCGGAGGGUAAAUGUCUUCCUCAGUACCAUUCUGUUGGCACCCAGGUGGAGGAUAACAAACGGCAUGGCAGGUUCAAGCGCUCCAACAGUGUGACGACAGCCGUACAAGCUGACAUGGAACUAGAAGGCUUCCCCACCAUGGAGGACAAGGGCCUGCAGUUUGGAGGGGGCUUGGGCUUCCGCGGGGGCCACUCGGAGCCCAGUACACCCACCCAGUACGGGGCCGUCCGCACCGUCCGCACCCAGGGCCUCUUCAGCUACCGGGAGGACUACCAGCGUUCCUCCAGCGGUCCUCCCAGUCCACAGCCCGAGUCGUGGCUGACAGAGCCCUCUCUGGAGGGGCCUGAGACGGGCCGAGUGUCCCCCCUCCGCAGGGACGGCAGCUGGUUCAUGCAGCUCCUCCAUAAUGAAACUAAGAGGAUGGAGGGAUGGUGUAAAGACAUGGAGAGGGAGGCGGAGGAGCAUGACCUGUUGGAGGAGAUCCUAGGGAAAAUCCGGAGUGCGGUGGGCAGUGCACAACUCCUCAUGUCUCAAAAAUUCCAGCAGUUCUACUGGCUGUGUCAACAGAACCUGGACCCCAGCGCCAUGCCUCGCCCCACCUCUCAGGACCUGGCCGGAUUCUGGGACUUGCUGCAGCUCUCAAUUGACGACGUCACUGCUAAAUUUAAUGAACUGCAGCAGAUCAAGAGCAAUGAGUGGAGGCUCGUGGAGAGCCCAGAGAAGAAGACGCCAUUACAGGAGAGGAAGUGGCCUCCCCCGCUGCCAAAGAGACCUCCGAAGGGGCGUGGCGGCGUGGUUCGGGAGCGCUCUCUGGACCUGCAGGACCGCCAGCGUCAGGAGGCCCGGCGCCGUCUUCUGGCUGCCAAGCGGGCGGCUUCCUUCAGACAGAACUCAGCCACAGAGCGGGCGGACAGCAUCGAGAUCUACAUCCCCGAGGCCCAGACCCGUCUUUGAGGUUCAAGGAUUUACCCCCCCCUAGCCCACCCCUACCCCUGUUUUGCCCAUAUCCGCCCCCAUACCUCAGCCCCAGCCAGUGGGUGUAACCCAGACCCCUUCCUCUCUCCUUCUUAUCUGUGCAAAUGUCUCUCACUCCACACUGUUUUUUCUCCACCUGUUCUGGUGUCCUCUCCCCUUUAAGAUGGAGGGAAUAUUCCCCACUCCACUACAAUGAGCUGCUAGUACACCCUCCCCUUUAACCGAACUGAUCCACCAUCACAAUUAUAUUUGGGUAAAUACAAGCAAAUAAAUUAUUUUCUAUACUGUAACAAAUGUUGUUGUUGGAAAUGUACUUCCCCCUAAGAGCUUUUGCAUUGCCAUCAUGUAUUAUUAUAAGCCUCUGGGUAAAGUUAAGGGGGAUGUCAGUAUUUUUCCACAGUGUUGAAAGGGAAUCACAAAGUGCAACUUUUUUAUGGAGAAUCUCACCAGCAACAGUGGUCUUGGGCUAAAACACCCUGUGUGGAGACUACUGCAUCCCAGUGGUAGCACAGAGGUGGUGAUGACUCACUGUCAAGACAGAUGUCUGAAAAUCUCUCCCCAUGUUGGUGGGUUGACAGCAUAAGUGGGGGGGUAUAUGUGAUUGAUCAACACCUGCUAUUGAAAUACCUCAGUCUUGCAGGUAAACACCAUAGACAUAGAAUUCUAAUCUAAGUCUAUUCUAUUUCUAUGGUAAAGACAGAGAAGUCAUCAUAUCUGAAAUGGUUGCACUCGCACAGCAUGCUGGGUGGGUAUCGUAAUUAUUUUGUUAUUCUAGGGACGUACUCACACAACUUUUUACCAGGCUAGCUACUGCAGCCCCUGACUAACGUCACCCCACUUUAUACCAGGCUAGCUACUGCAGCCACUGAUUAACAUCACACCACUUUAUACCAGGCUAGCUACUGCAGCCCCUGACUGACGUCACCCCACUACCAGACUAUCUGCAGCCACUGACUAACAUCACACCACUUGAUACCAGGCUAGCUACUGCAGCCACUGACAAAUGUUACCAGGCUAGCUACUGCAGCCACUGACUAACGUCACCCCACUACCAGACUAUCUGCAGCCACUGACUAACAUCACACCACUUGAUACCAGGCUAGCUACUGCAGCCACUGACUAACGUCACCCCACAACCAGACUAUCUGCAGCCACUGACUAACAUCACACCACUUGAUACCAGGCUAGCUACUGCAGCCACUGACAAAUGUUAGCAGGCUAGCUACUGCAGCCACUGACUAAUGUCACCCCACUACCAGGCUAGCUACUGCAGCCACGGACUAACGUCAGACCACUUUUCACCAGGCUAGCUACUGCAGCCCCUGACUAAGGUCAGACCACUUUUUAUCAGGCUAGCUACUGCAGCCACUGACUAACAUCACACCACUUUAUACCAGGCUAGCUACUGCAGCCCCUGACUAACGUCACCCCACUACCAGACUAUCUGCAGCCACUGACUAACAUCACACCACUUGAUACCAGGCUAGCUACUGCAGCCACUGACAAAUAUUACCAGGCUAGCUACUGCAGCCACUGACUAACGUCACCCCACUACCAGGCUAGCUACUGCAGCCACUGACUAAUGUCACCCCACUACCAGGCUAGCUACUGCAGCCACUGACUAACAUCACACCACUUUAUACCAGGCUAGCUACUGCAGCCCCUGACUAACGUCACCCCACUACCAGACUAUCUGCAGCCACUGACUAACAUCACACCACUUGAUACCAGGCUAGCUACUGCAGCCACUGACAAAUAUUACCAGGCUAGCUACUGCAGCCACUGACUAACGUCACCCCACUACCAGGCUAGCUACUGCAGCCACUGACUAACGUCACCCCACUACCAGGCUAGCUACUGCAGCCACUGACUAACGUCACCCCACUACCAAGCUAGCUACUGCAGCCACUGACAAAUGUUACCAGGCUAGCUACUGCAGCCGCUGACUAACGUCACCCCACUACCAGGCUAGUUGCCUCAGCCACUGACUAAUGUUACCAGGCUAGCUGCCUCAACCACUGACUAAUGUUACCAGGCUAGCUGCCUCAGCCACUGACUAAUGUUACCAGGCUAACUGCCUCAGCCACUGACUAAUGUUACCAGGCUAGCUGCCUCAGCCACUGACUAAUGUUACCAGGCUAGCUGCCUCAGCCGCUGACUAAUGUUACCAGGCUAGCUGCCUCAGCCACUGACUAAUGUUACCAGGCUAGCUGCCUCAGCCACUGACUAAUGUUACCAGGCUAGCUGCCUCAGCCACUGACUAAUGUUACCAGGCUAGCUGCCUCAGCCACUGACUAAUGUUACCAGGCUAGCUGCCUCAGCCACUGACUAAUGUUGCUGAGAAAUGGGAUGUGAAAAAUACAUGCAGUAUUACAUUAGGGCUGCAUUGAUGCAUUUUCACUUCUGAUAAUGGCAUUGAUGUAAGGAUGAAACAUGCUUAUGAUAUGGGUGGUACAGUACAUUUAUUCCUCUGAUACAUGUUUCCAUUGCAACACUAUUGUAAAUCAUUUAAAGGAAACAAAUGUUUCUAAUUUCUGGAAGAAAAAAAUGUACUAUAUGAUACAAUGCAUUUUUGCACCUUAUAUGUACUAUUCAUGUUUGUAUUUCCAAGGGAAAUGUAGUUCAUGAUGCUCACUUGCUAUUGUUGCAGUUUAUUUGCAAGGACAGAUGUGGAAUAUUUUCUACAGAAUAGGACUAUUACGUUAUUCUAUAGUCCACUUUGAGUUGUGUGUUUAGCCCCAUAAUGACAUUCUGGCAUUCAAGCCUCUGGUGUCAAGUACGAUUGAUUGUAAUGAUAAAUCAUGUAAUCUAUCACACCCACAUAUAUAUUAGAUUGAACUCGAUAUUCUCAUAGUAGAUGGUGGGAAAAAGUGAGUAUCUAUCGGGUGUAGAGAACAGUGGCCUAACAGUCCUACCUAUUAGGGACCACAUCACAGCCAUAUCAUCCCAUCUGGCACACAACAAUCAAGUACUUUCCUCCACACUACGGAUGUAGUGUGGGACAGACAGGUGCAAAUGACACUUUAACACUAUCUAGUUACUAGUAAAUGGUGCUGUUUUUUACUCUGAAACGGUUGUCAUUUACCCAGUCCUACACACACAGCUACUUUUUAACAUAUUUACUAAAUGGUGCCCAUAGCAUCUGGAAUUAAAAAUGGUUGCUAUUGACUUGCGAAAACACCAUCUUUGCAAAUAGUCUAUUUGCAGUGUUAAUUUUUGCUUAGCAGUUGUUUAUUGAAGAGGCAGAGAAAAUACAUAUUAAUGAGGAAUUUCUAGUCCAUCUCUGGACAGCAGAAAAUAGGGUUUCUGUCAUGGCAGGGAGUGUGUGUGUG